AGAGCGCGGCUUCCGGCGGUGCGCAGGAAGUGGGCUCUUCUGCGUGUCGCCACUUUAGGACGUAGGGGUGCGGUAGAGUUUGAUCCCCUCUCGCGCACGAGGUACUCGUGUCCCGCUUUCCAGCGUCCGCAGUGAAGAUGUCCCAUCCAUCCCCGGCAGCCAAGCCCUCCAAUUCCAAGAACCCACGAGUCUUCUUUGACGUGGACAUCGGCGGGGAGCGAGUUGGACGAAUUGUGUUAGAAUUGUUUGCAGAUAUUGUUCCCAAAACUGCAGAAAAUUUUCGUGCAUUGUGUACAGGAGAAAAAGGCACUGGAGCCACAACUGGGAAACCUCUGCAUUUUAAAGGAUGCCCUUUCCACCGAAUUAUUAAGAAAUUCAUGAUUCAGGGGGGAGACUUCUCAAAUCAAAAUGGGACAGGUGGAGAAAGUAUUUAUGGUGAAAAAUUUGAAGAUGAAAAUUUUCAUUAUAAGCAUGAUCGGGAGGGUUUGCUGAGCAUGGCAAAUGCAGGCCCCAAUACGAAUGGUUCUCAGUUCUUUAUCACAACAGUUCCAACUCCUCAUUUGGAUGGGAAACAUGUGGUAUUUGGUCAAGUAAUUAAAGGACUAGGUGUGGCAAGGAUGCUUGAAAAUGUAGAAGUGAAUGGUGAAAAACCUGCCAAACUAUGUGUUAUUGCAGAAUGUGGAGAAUUGAAAGAAGAGGAUGACUGGGGAAUAUUCCCCAAAGAUGGCUCUGGUGAUAGUCAUCCAGAUUUCCCCGAGGAUGCAGAUAUAGAUUUAAAAGAUGUAGAUAAAAUUUUAUUAAUAUCUGAAGACUUAAAAAACAUUGGAAAUACCUUUUUCAAGUCUCAGAACUGGGAGAUGGCUAUUAAAAAAUAUGCGAAGGUUUUAAGGUACGUGGAUAGUUCAAAGGCUGUUAUUGAGAAAGCAGAUAUAUCCAGACUGCAACCUAUAGCCUUAAGUUGUGUGUUGAAUAUUGGUGCUUGUAAAUUGAAGAUGUCAAAUUGGCAGGGGGCAAUUGACAGUUGCUUGGAGGCUCUUGAAAUGGACCCUUCAAAUACUAAAGCACUAUACCGAAAAGCGCAAGGAUGGCAAGGAUUAAAAGAAUAUGAUCAAGCAUUGGCUGAUCUUAAGAAGGCACAGGAGAUAGCCCCAGGAGAUAAAGCUAUCCAGGCAGAGUUGCUUAAAGUCAAACAAAUGAUAAAGGCACAGAAAGAUAAAGAGAAGGCUGUGUAUGCAAAAAUGUUUGCUUAAUAAGGAUUAAACCCUCUUUAACUAUUAUACAUUGAUUGUAUAAAGGAAAAUAUAUAUUACUGUCUACACAAUCCUUGAUAUGUUUUCCUUAUUUCUGUCAUUGUUUACAUAGCAGUGCUGACAUAGGUUCCUUCUUAAUAAAGUGUUACAAAAUACACUGAAUCUCA